AUGCCACAAACCGCGAUUCCAUAUCUGCCUUACUUUGGAAGCACUGAGCGUUUUAGUUUUGUCUAUGAAAAACCGGAUUUUUUUGGCACUUUUCCCCAAAAUAAAAAGUUGCUCAGAAUUAACUUUUAUGCACAUUGGGGGAGAGUUAGAGAAGCACCGAGUCCAAAAAACCGGGUUACAUCGAUUUCCGAGACCAAAAAAAUUCGACCCAAAAAUGGAUUUUGGUACCACAGGUCAGGGUGCUCAAUAGCGGUUUUUACUAUUGAGUUAAUACACCAUGGUUGGAUACCAUUCCUGUUUAGUGUUUCGAGUAUAGUAGCUCGUCUUCAGCUACGGACAACAUGGUUAGAUAUGGUGUGCAACCUAGGUUUUUGGAGGUGUAUACAAACAGAGCUUCAUUAUAUAAGAAUAAAGUGCUUAUGGUGUGGCAUGGAAGCUCCUCGUAUUAGAAAGGGUAAAUCGUCUGAUAAUUUACCUACCCACUACAGCACUGCCACAAUAGGAGUGUUCUGGGGUCAUGGCCUAUAUGACCCGACAGAUCCUCCUAUUCACAGAUGA